GGCCGUUCAAGGUCGUUGAACCGAAAGGGUGGGCAGAUUCGAAGGGCUCUAACGUUUUAACCGUGCCUAUAUGUAUUUACGAGAUACCUGUUACGUGCAAGUUAAACCAGAAACAAUCAUUCCCAGUGUGUGGAGGCUUGAAUUUAUUCAACUUCAACAGGUACCCCUCACACUAUGUCAACGUCUAAUAUUUUGCUAGUUACAGGGAGGCCAGGUAUCGGUAAAACCACUUUGGUUUCUCAUGUUUUUGAAGAGCUUCUUAAAAAUGGUAUACAGGCAGUUGGUUUUAAAACAGAAGAAGUUCGACAGUUCUAUUCAGGAAAGUCUACUCGUUUUGGAUUUGAUGUAGUUCUAUUCGAUUCAUCUCGAACAUAUCCUAGAGCUUCAUUAGCUCGCCUAAUUAACCAUUCUAGUCAACAAGUACAACAUCAACCUCGUGUUGGUCAGUACCUAGUAAAUAUAUCAUCGUUUGAGAGUUUGGCUAUUCCUUGUUUACAGUCUAUUAUAAACGAUUUGGAAAACGUUUCUUCCAAUAACAAUGUAAGAAAAAAUGAUUUAAUAGUCUGUAUCAUUGACGAAAUUGGUAAAAUGGAGCUAUGCUCAUCAAAGUUCACUUAUCUAAUUGAAAAGUUGAUUUCAUCAAUUUCGAAUUUACCUACAAAUAGUCAACGUGAUAUAAAACAUCCUACAGUUGUUCUUUUGGCUACUGUACCAUCACCGAAAAGACAAGAUGGUACACGUGGUAUUCCGUUGGUCGAUCAUAUCUGUUCAAUGAGGGAGGCUUCAAUAAUAGAGGUAAGUUAGAAAUACUGUUUAAAUGAUAUACGUAUAUAUUUAUGGUUUCAAUUCAUUCGACAUGGAACUUUUGACUGCAUAGUUGCAACUAGGAAGUAAAAACAGCUUAAAUUGAUAUUUUUUCUUGAUAACCAUUGUGGUAUAUUCUACUUAUACUGGCAGAUAUUAGUACUAUGUAUCGGUAAUUGGAAAUAGGAUUCUUACUGAUAGAAGAGGGAAACGAGGAGAUGAGAAAUAAAAUCAAAAGCAGUCGAAUUAGCAACAGAAAUGGAAGUACGAUGGAGUUUGGAAGCGACAAUAUUGAUUUAUCAAAUCGUGAUGAGAUAAUUCAAGAAAUAAUGGAAAGAAUAUUAAAAUGUAAAUCUUCAUAGAGUAGUAAUACUUUAUGUUUUGUGAUUGGUUCACAAGGAUUUCAUGAAUGAAGAAGCUUCGUCCCCACAAUAUUCUUAACAGAAUCUAAUAAACAUAUAUCCGUUUUGUUGUUUUACUAUUUUCGUCAGUAUGGUUGAUGUUCUGGUUAUCAUUUUUUCAUGUGAAAUAUAACGGUGAUAAUGCA